AUGCAGCCCUUCGACGAUACGCCAGAGGCGCUCCGAGGCAUGGCGAAUCAUGUACAGGCGCAAAUGAAAUCCUUGUUGGCAUUGGGCAGAUCGGCAGAUGAUAUCAACAACGACCUAGUCUCUAGUCUCAUCAUUAUGAACAUGGGGAAAGAGACGCGCCGCAAUUGGGAUAUGAGCAGGUCCGGAACCAAGCCACCCACCAUCGACGAAACGACGACUUUCCUGAUCGAAGCAGCAAAGGACAGGGACCUCAAUAAAACCAUCCUUUCGCGGGAAGCCGUCAAGGAAAAGCCGAAAACGGCACCGCCCCUGGACCAUGGAAACGAAAUCCUCGCCACCGCGAUCGUCCACAUCCACGAUCGCGAUGGAAGACAACACGAAUGCAGAGCUUUGAUCGACACGGUUUCGACGGCGAAUUUUAUCACCGAGGAUCUGGCGGAAAAACUGAAGAUCCCGGCAACACCGUGCACCACCACAAUCGAAGCGUUGAGUCUGCAAAACACGAGAACGAAUGGCAUGAUAACCGCCACGAUCAGGUCCCGGGUAUCGAACUUCACGCGUUCAUUGAAGUUUCUUACGAUACCUAGGAUCACGGGACUAAUACCAGAUCGGCAAGUCGACCGAGCGCGCUUGCCGAUCCCAGCCAAUGUGAAACUGGCGGAUCCUCAGUUUCACCGCCCGCGGCCAGUUGACAUGCUCAUCAGCGUCGGACCCACGCUAUCGAGCAUGAGCAUCGGUCAACUGCGGCUUUCCGCUCACGACCAACCCGACCUCAUCCUGCAAAAGACGCAAUUCGGUUGGGUCAUCGGGGGGAGUGGGACAGCAACUAAGUCACGGACGAGACACAAGACCUUCAUCACUCAACCGACUUUCGAUCUAGAGAAAUUUUGGGCCGUUGAGGAAGGUCCCCAGAAACAACAUCUGACCGCGGAAGAACAGGAAUGCGAACAGCACUUCCAGGACAGCGUCAGUCGAGACGAAACUGGUCGCUAUACCGUCGCGCUACCUUUCAACCAACGGAAGGAAGAACUCGGAGAGUCACGGUCCCAGGCCCUCAGACGGUUAUUGGCGAUCGAAAAGAAAUUCAGCCGCGAUCCGGAGCUGAAACGAGAGUAUACUGCCGUUCUGAGGGAAUAUAUUGACCUCGGCCACAUGAGUGAGGUGCAGCCGUCGUCCGAUACCGGCGGUUUCUACCUGCCUCACCAUGCCGUCAUUAAGCUUGCGAGUACCACCACGAAGGUACGAGUCGUCUUCGAUGGCUCGGCGAAGUCAAGUACCGGGCUGUCGUUGAACGACGCGCUCAUGGCAGGGCCAACGAUACAAGAAGACCUGUUCGCGCUUCUCACACGUUUUCGAGCACACGCCUAUGUCCUCACGGGAGAUAUAGAAAAAAUGUACAGGCAAUUCAAUGUGAGACCACGAGACCGACGGUAUCAACGGAUCCUAUGGCGCGAUAACCCAGACCAACGGAUCAAAACGUACGAGUUGAACACGGUCACGUUCGGUCUGUCACCAGCCCCUUUCCUCGCGAUUCGAGCACUUCAUCAACUCGCCGAAGACGAAGCGCAUAACGCUCCAAAUGCGUCGGUCAUACUUAAGCUGGAUCUCUACGUGGAUGACCUCCUGACCGGCGCUGAUACCUACGAGCAAGCGUUAAGUCUCCGCGAAGAGAUCGUCGGGAUUCUCCAGAGCGGAAGGCUCAACAUUCGGCAAUGGGUGUCGAAUGAACCGUCACUCCUCACGGGUCUAUCCGAAGAACAAAUCCAUCCGAAGUUCUUCGGAGAUUCUUCUAUUAAGACGCUGGGCAUUGCUUGGGAUCCGCGAGAGGACAACAUCGUGUACACGGUAGAACCCACCUUCGACGACAGGGUCACCAAACGAACGAUCUUGCCAGCGAUCGCCAGGAUGUUCGAUCCGUUGGGUCUUUUAGCGCCGGUUAUUGUAACGGCCAAGAUCCUGAUACAAAGGUUGUGGCAAUUGAAGGUACAUUGGGACGAGUCCCUCCCCAACGACGUACAUUCCGAGUGGACCAAUUACGCGCAGCAAUUCAACAAGCUGAAUCAGGUCUCCUUCCAGCGCCACGUGUCACAAAAAUCAACGAAAAGGACAGAGCUCCAUGGUUUCUGUGACGCAAGCGAGCGAGCAUACGGCGCAUGCAUCUACGUGCGAACCACAGAUGAAAACGGUCGUAUCAAGGUACAGCUCCUAUGUGCGAAGUCACACGUCGCACCGCUGAAGGUGAUCAGCAUCGCCAGGUUGGAGCUGUGCGGGGCACUCCUACUAACGACCUUGUAUACGACCGUCCAAAGGGCCUAUGUGCAAGGGUUCACUAACGUCACCUUCUGGACAGACUCGACAAUUGUCCUCAAUUGGUUAAGAAGGGAGCCAA